AUGGCCACCGAGCUUGAACGGGUGAGGACAACGGAAGGCUGCGAGACUUUUGCCAGGUGAGUUGGCAAACACGCCUUUAGGUUUCAUUGACCCGAACGCUCUUUUCGUCGUGUUCAGGGACUGUGCUGCGCUACUUCUUUGGAAAAAUCGUAGUCCUCUCAUACAUUGACAGUUUUUAAAGAAACUCCACAAAGGAUGUAUGGCCGGCGGAUGCUCCAUUCUCAUGAAUUUGGAAGGUCGAUCGCAGAUCCACUACCUAUCCUACAUGGUGAUGGUGCCAUUUUCAUCCUUAGACCUGACCACGUCUACCAAGUCAUUCACAUGCGACUUUGAUGGGACCCCGACGGGUUUUUAAGAAAAAUUAUUAUUAUUAUUAUUAUUAUUAUUAUUAUUAUAAGCAGGUGCGGCCCAAGAAUUGAAGUUCCAGCUAUGUCGUUGUUGACAGGAGGCCCUAGUUAUCGGCGGACAAAAUUCAAAUAACUGGAGUUGGCAGAAUGAUAUUACCGACAAAGACAAGGGAGACUGGAAUGGCCAUUUCUGGCUUAUUAGCCGUCGUCAGCCAGCCACACCCAAGCCCGAAGUGUGGAACACCCGAGCCUCGAACUCGCGACCUGUUGGUUUAUAAGUCAACGCUUCUACUCACCGGACCACGAGCCCGUUGCCCUGUCGGAGUUGGUUGCCUCGAAAGCCCAACUUAUGUGAAUUUAGAAGGCACCGAUGAUGUGCGACGUAGGCCAUCCUAGCGAAAUUUAGAUAAACAGCGUCAACAGUGUGUCCGCUGUCAAAAGCCCUGUGUGCACUUUUUAUCUGCGACAAGAUGACUAAUGAGGCAGGCGCGGUUUUAACGAAGGCCGUCAUUAGAAUGGCGUGUCAGUUCAGUAAAUUGCAUCACUUCUUAAGGGCUCUCUCGCCAUUGUCUGGCAGGUGGUCUCCCGUCAAACACUGCAGCAACAACCUUCGAAGCAAAUCACACGCAAUAAGCUUGGGCGGAACAAUAUGCACACUAAAGUGAACUUCGAGGGGCCAACUCUGCGAGUGCCUUGCCCCUACGAAAUGUACUUUCAAAGCCCGAAGUGGUCUCUGAGACGUGCCACUCGCGAAUCAUGCGCCGCUGCCCAGCGCGGUCGCAUCUCGGUGCUCAAACUCUGACCGCAUAUUUCUCUCACGCUUCCUCUGUAGUUACCGCGACCGCGUGGCUGCCAGUAUUUGCUGGUCGUACCUUUCAGUCGCGCGUCGGUCUGAUCGGACACCUGCGUUAUCCAUCUUUGCACUGGUGACGAAGAGGUAUCGGGAGACCGAUCUAACAGCUGCUCCCAAGCAUUUUAGGCUUGACUUUCGUUCACUCGGGCACAUGGAUGUGCUAUCUCAUGAAAUAAUCGAAAUUCUUAAGUGCAAUGGUAGAGAGGCGCUCAUCGAUCGUUCUUACGGGAAUAAGUCGUUCUGUUGUACCUUACGGGCUCUCUCUCUCGAACCCAACCAGCAGGCAAGCAGUCGCGCAUGCUAUAGGCAGUAUGUUAUUACUGUCUCCUUUGCCUUUGUCGGUAACAGCAUAAUUCUAAAAUCCUUUUCAAUUCAAGAAGAUUACUUAGGUGUGGUUGUCAUGUUACUUAUCUUGUCGCAUGAUACCAAGAUAUUCCAAUGACGUCAGGAUGCUGACUUCCGAGCGAACUCCGUAUCGACCACUUGCGUGAACUACAUUCCGUGAAAAAUGAGUACUUAAGUGGCAUGAACUUUCCUCAUUGAUUUUCGAUGCCUUUAUAGAUUCUAAUAUAUUUCAUUAAGAGAGAGAGAGAGAGAGAGGACUGCUUUAUUUUGAAAAUAACUUUCAAAACUUUCAGCAAAAACGGUUCUCCAGUACACAGUGAUUACCAUAGAGAUUAACAGGUUUUGGAAAGGUGGACAUGAUUGUAUAUGAAGAAAAAAGGACUUUAAGGUGCAAGCUCGAGUUUUAGUUUUUAUUUUUCAACAUCUUUGCAGGUGAGAUACCGGGCUAGAAAUGGCAGUAUGGAAUUCCGAUAGGCCGAAGUGCGGCAAGGGAUGUGGCGGAAGCAUCGACGCAUGGGGCGUAAGGAUUUCGCAGCCAUUAACUCAUUAUGAAGGGGAUGGACGGUGUCAUUCAAAAUUCGGUCAGCGAAUUGCUCCACCGAGUUGAAAUGUCGCUGCACGAUAAUAUCAACUAAAAGAUGAUAGGAAACACCAGCAGCAGAGGCGAGCAUUCGAAUGACACGUUUAAAAAUAGCUAGAUCUUUUUUAAGUAAAGCUGGAAAAAUAACUGGAGAACAAUAAAGAAUGAGUGGAAGAAUACAGCCAUCUAUGAAUCGCCAGAUUAAGGACUGGGGUGUGUGAUAUGAACGUAGACGACGAAUAUAAUAAACAAGUUUUUGAAUUUUUGUUAAAAGGGUUUCCAUAUGAAGAGAGAAAGAGAGAUUUGAGGAUAAAGUAACACCUAGGUACCGGAAAGAAGAUACCUCAUUGGGAAGAAUAUCCAAAGGUUCAGGAAUGGGAGAGGGUCGCAAUCGAAACACACACUGUACUGAUUUCUGAUUGUUGAGUAGGAGUCCAUUAUUCGAAGACCAUGCGGAGACGUGGUCUAAGCCAUCCUUUAAAGACUGUAGGUGAGUCAGGUUUUUGAGUGGGUGGCCUACGACCAUGUCAUCGGCAUACUUAACAUACAGGCAGUCGUUUGGCGAUCUCAAAUCAUCAGUAUGUAACAUGAACAAAAAUAUUCAUUUUCUUACUCAACUGGUAGCAGAAUGCGUCUUCCGCAAAUUUUGUACUUGAAAAAGACCAUAUUGUAGUUUCAAAAAGUUUUUAAUUAUGAAAUUUUUCUAAACCGUGGGAUGUCUGGUCGUACAGCAUCGCAUUAUCGCAUUUACUAGCGUUUCAUGUAUAGUGGCCAAGAUCAUCCACGUCCAGCACAAAAUAAUAUGAGCCUUAUAUGUCCUCUUCAUAACGGCAUAUAUGAAUGCAUGUUUUUCCUCUCAGGAAAAAUAUACAGCUUGCAGUUCUGAAACUCGGAAUGCAAGUAUAACGGCAGGUGCGGUUUGGAAUUAUUGGGAAGUUAAGAAAGUAUUUAAAACCAAAAGAUAUUCUUUCUUCAGGUAUACGAUUUAAAGAAGGCGUGCUUUGCUGUCAGUUGAGUAGAAAAAAGAAUUUUUAUGCUUACUUUCAAUAAACAAUAGUUGAAUGUAUAAGGAAAUGGAAAAAACUCACGCUACGUAAGUAGGCACUCUUUCAUGGGGUACAGUUUAUGCCAGCGGUCGAUAAGAAGCUCAUUCGAAAGCGAGCAUCCUGACUUGGUUGGAAUGCCCUAAAAUGAUGCUAAAAGAGAAUUGAAAACGCCUUAAAGAAUUUCAACCGACGUCUCUAACUGAGGUGACAACCUCUGUGGUGAAUCCGGCCACCACUGAAAACGACGGGACAGCUACCGUUCAGGCGUUGCCAUCAUGAGCAUUGCUUCAGAACGAUCGCAGUUCCCGGGUGGCAUCUGGCAUUCUCUCGCAAGCUCAAUCGAUUCCGGCAUGCUUGGCAGUUCAGUUUUUCUUCCCAAGAACCGGCCACGGAUGCGGUCUCCUCGCAACAGACAAUAACCACCCCGUCUGUGCGGCCGCACAACGAGACGCCUGGUAAAGAGGGUGCGUGAACAUAUGUCCGCCUAGCUAGACAGAGGUGAGACCCGGUCGAUUUCGAGUUCUAUUCUCGCACAUUUAAUCGAUACGAAUCACCGAGUCGAUGCCAAGGAAGCAUUUCAGAUUGUCUACCGGACACUAGCAUGCUUCUCUGAAGGCCUACGCCAACUUAUACUAGCAACAACCGAGGCAGUGGCUAUAAGGUUAGCGAAUCCGGUGCUAUGCUGUCAGAAAACCCUGACACCAGCGCUCUCCUCGUCGUAGCCAACGCCAAUCCCAAGUGAUGACGGCAUGUCGCCCCAAAUCCCUAAUUACAGUGAUGGGUACUCCGUGUACUCAAUCCAAGAACAUCACACAAAGAAUCUCUUAACCCCCUCCCCUAGCUCUGAGGGCCAACACCCGCCGACCUUGUCAUGCGGGCGGAGUGGGAUGGUGAGUGUUAAUGACUUAAUAGCCCUUGAGACAUCUAUAAACACUGUUGAUUUUAUAUAUUUUCAUUCCUUCAUGUAACUGUAUUGGCCUGACGAAGAACUAUCGAAAACACGUGUUUGCAAACAUGACUUUUCAAGUGUAACAUGGGAAUAUUUGCGGAACUUAGACAAUCCAAUGGACUUGUGUUCAAAUCCUGGAGCUGCGGAAGUCUCUUCGAAUCAGGCUUUCAUUAGUGUACCCUCUGGCCAGGAACUCUCUGUGCGAUCUGUUUCUCAGGACCAUUGAUUUCCACCGGAAUGAGUACAUUUACGUUCUGGUACUUUUGUAUGGAAUAGAAGAGAAGACUUGACAAGCACGCAGGAUGCGACCUCACUCAGGGAACAAAAUCCAGGUCACCGCGCAGUACGAGUUUUAUGGGUGGAGCUGAAGGGUGGGAAGGAGAGCGCGACAGCAUACAAACAUUCCCCACAGUUACUUGCAAAGGAGCACACGUACCAGGAACUCGACCUCCGGGGAAUGUUGAUGCUGUCAAGAUAUCUGACAGUACAAGUAAAAGUUUGGCAUUUUUCGCAGUCCAUCCAGUUUGUUUUCGCAAAAGAAGUAGACUACAUUCCGCAUAGUUGCGAGAGCGCGAAAGCGUCAGUCAUAGAAAGGGCGAGGAGGCAAUAUGCCACGAUUAUGUGGCUUUUAUUCCUGACUGGGGUCGCAUACUGCGUCUUUACGGAAGACUUUUACCCAGCAUGGCAUCCGCGUGAACAGCGUACUCUGCAUCCGGGCGACAAAGACACGGCCCGCAGGUUAGGCCCACUACUGUCUGCUGAGCUGUGGGUGUGUGGCUUGUCCACGCUCCCUCCCCCCGCCCUCGCAGUUGGAGGCCCCUCACGUCCCCCUCUCCCUCGUGUGGCUAAGAAAUCAGGCCAGUGUCGCGGACUGCGUGUGAUUCAUCUGGAGGUUUGGCCGUUAUUCAGGCGACAACACGGGACCAUGUGACUUGACGAGAGUUUGAACGGCCUGACCGAUGAUGUGUACCACGGACUCCACAGCAGGGACGGUGACUUGCGCGGGGUUUCUUUUGUAGUGGACUUGCGCAGCAUCUGCCCCACCCCUCUCCGCACUCGCCUGGAUCUGGUGUCAAGACAGAGGCAAGAAGACCGGUGGUGCGAGAGGAUGCAGGUGGUCGGCACGACAAAAGGCCCCACCACGCACACCCGUUCACAACGCACACUGACCAGGAUUUCACGUUACAAAAGAAAAUGGCGCCAGCUCGGAUCCCACUGAGUGGGGGUGCCAUGGAGGCCAUAUUGAGAAGGAGUCAUUGCAGCCUGACUCUCAUUUCGCCAGCCGGCCACUCCACACAUGCACAUCGGGAUGCCCGCGAGAUCUGAGUUAGCCUGUCAGUUGGGCGCCUUCCCAAGCCCAAUGAAUUGUGAUCGAUUCAAGCGGAUCAGAUUGGUAGAGGGGUGCCCAUCGAUCGUUUUUACGGAACUCACUCGUCCCGUUGUGCCUUAGGGCUUUCUCUCUCUCUCUCUCGAACCCAACCAGCAGCCACGCAGCGACGCAUAAUAUAGGCAGAAUGGCAUUACCGACAAAGACAAGGAAGACUGGUAUGGCCAUUUCUGGCUUUUUAGCCGUCGUCAGCCAGUCAUACUCAACCCUGAAGUGCAAAACGCCCGAGGUUCGGCCCCGCGACCUGUUAAUUAGAAGUCUUACGAUUCUACCCACUGGGCCACAGACUCCUCCUGCCCUAUGGCACAGCGGAUCGAGUGAGUUCUGUAAAGACGAUCGGUGAGCGCCCCUCCACCAUUGUAUAUUUCCGAUCGCGACCGCAAGACAACGAGCCCAUCGCCCAAUGGUUAGAGGCGCUGAGCUUCUAAGCAACAGGUCGUGGGGUCGAGCCCCAGGCAUUCCACACUUCGGGGUUGGGUCUGACUGACUGACGACGGCUAAUAACCCAGAAGUGGCCAUUCCAGUCUCCCUUGUCUUUGUCGGUAAUAUCAUUCUGCGCUAGAUUGUUGAUGAUGAGGAAUUAUGCGCUGAGUCCGUCGACCUCACUCCCUCUUCCCACUCCCAGGCCACGUGAUUCGAAAGUAGGACCUUGAAUACACUUCCCUUGGUAUGCAUUGUCCCUCUCACUGACGUGACGCCUGAGAAUCGUAUUUUCGUUCCCACCCCAUUCUCCUUUGUUUCUUCGAAGACGUUGCGUCCUGCCGUGCUGAGAACUCCAAUGUUGAUGCUGAGCCCGCAACCUCGAGUGGUCACCAGUAAGGCGACUGUCCUUCCGGCAUGGCAUCGGGACGCACCUCCGGUGUCAAAUGUGCACUCAACCACAUGAAAAAUUGACUGGCAUCUAGCCGCGCCACCGACAAAGUAUACGGGUCCCUGGUAUGACGGAGGAAGCCAGGAGGGUGGAGAAGCCCCCCGUUUUAAAUCGUGACACUGGGUGCACUUUGAUUGUGGUCGAAUCAGCUCCGUUAGGUACUUGAUGGCUAACCCAAGUUCAUGUAGGCGAAGCGGACUUCCUGUUAUAAGGUGUGUUUCAUCAAUCAAAAUAAAAGACGCAUAACUACCGAGGUGGGGUCAGCAGUCAUCCAAAUUUGUACGUUUGUGUUGGAUCUGGAACCUGGAAUUUUAACCUGCAUUUUCAAAACCAGUUACUCUACCACUGAACUGCAGACCCUUGUUUGCCGAGUAUAAUCAAGAAUGCUAAAGGUCGUCGAGCGAUGGCCUUCAUGACCUAAUAGCAUGACAGAAUACCGGGUUUCGGCCCUACCCUGUGGUUUAGAAGCGCCCCGAUGAUCAGCCAUCCCAGGGGAUCACAAGUUUUUCCAGUUGUAAACUAGUUUGGAUAAAUCACUGUCAGUGGUAGCACUGUUUCACUGAUCGGAUCAACUUCUAAAAAGAAAUCAAGUAGAGCUACUUUUGAGGGGACAUUUAUGACCGGCCUUUCGAGUAUUUUUGAAUGAGUUAAGGUGUGCUGGACUGCACCGCCUACUUGGUAAUUUCUCAUGUUACAACGUUCCGAAAAGUAGACCUCGUUAAGGUGUAGAGUCAAAGCCGUGUGGGUGCACUCAGGGAAGUAGAAUCAUCAGGUCAAGUCCCGAUUUGUGAGGAAAAAGCAGAAGUCAUCACGAUGAGGGAUUUACUGUUGCCAUACAGACCCCUGUGUUGUUCUCUCAGGCAACAGUGGCCGCUGGCGAAGCCAGGGCUAGUGUUGACUGCACCCGUUCACGCCCUAGACUGUGGUGGCAAAUGUUUUCGCAGGCUCGCGGGACAAUCUGAAGUGGUGUCCAAUUGGCGCUUGUUGAUUUGUCGUGAGGUAGUGUUUGAGUGGCUUCUGUUGUAUUGGGGGGAGGGGUGGAACGUUGAAGUGGCGCAAGGACAGCUACGACUCAGUGGACGCACGUGUAUCCGAGUUGAAGUGGGUCGAGUAGUUUCAGGUCAGCGUGUCUGGAACCGCCCGCUACGACGGAACAGGGCCUAUGAACAAGGAUGCUAGACAUAGCCGUGAUGACUGUCGGCAGCAAAUGAAACAAACGCUCCCUCGGGAAGUUACUCGCAAACUGUAGGAGCGGGAUUCGUGCUGCUUUCUGUACUUUCUUCCUAAGGGCUGGAAACUAAUGCGUCAAGCACUGUAGCGGCCGAGGACGUCAAAGGUACCACAUACAAAAGUAAGAGAACGCUGAGAGGAGAUGCUGACGGAGAUAGAUCUGAACAUAACCGUUAACAUCUCUUGAUACACAUCCAUACACAGGAGAAGAAGGCAUGUCGAGUAAGGGCUGUAGUGUAAUAUAACGAGAUUGCACGAGAAAUGAGUAUAAUGGUCUUCAAUGGUAGAGGAAGGAUGAGUUACAGCUGUCUGGGUGGAGAGGCGUUACCGACAUGUCAGCUCAUUAACCGGUGGGGACUGCAGCGCUGUGGGCAACUGCAGAGGAGGGCCGAGGGAGGUGCCGAUGUAGCGAGGAGGGGAGGGAUACGAACGUUACGUUACGGUACGGUGCGGGGGAAGGGAUUGGCGGAAGAGAGAAGAAGGGACACCGGCCAUCUUCCCUGACCCUCGGCUACGCCAUCUCCACCCUAGGUCCUCGCGCCGAAAAGUGUCACCACAUCCAAACAAUCCUGUUCAUGCCCAGGGGCGUUACAGUACCAAACCCCGAAGGAGCCUUUUGUUUCGUCCAGGAGCGGCAUAUUCCCUGAGCUUUUUAAAGCAUUUUGACUGCAAUAUUUGAUUUAAAGCAGGUGUAAACAGCAGACUUUACUCGUGCGCAAUGUGGAACCCCAGGUCACACAGAGUAGUCAGCCGUAAUAGUUCGCCAACGGGACUAUUUCCCGCAUUACAAACGCCAAAAAAAUCAAACAACUAUGGAUUUGAAGUAUUUUGUUCCGAUGUUAAUUUAAGACAGGUGUAAGCCGCACGUUUUUCUGCUAUCAGUGAUUUUCGCGACAGGAUACAUAAAUGAGUAGCAUACAACAGGUGGAAUUUGUAUAGAUAAUAAACUCGAAAGCAGCAAGCUCUUGGUUCAGUUCACGCAGUGUAAUCGAGGAAAACGAUAGCUUAAAAAUGUUAGAGAGGAAGGGAAGGCGUAAGGCUAACACCCAAAAUGUAGUUGGUAGAUCCAAAGACUGUGAAUUACGAAGACGAAUUACGGUUGACCACAUGGUCUAGCUGUCUGCACAGGUCGGGCUUCCUCCUCGGUUUGUAGGCUGAUUUCUGUAAGAUGUGGUUACGUAACCGCACCUGAUUAACACAAUACUGUUGACCUACUUAAUUAUUUUUAGUGGUGUGAGUACGUUGGCAUGGUGUUGCUGUGCGUUGCGGUGUGUUUUCUGUUGGCGACCUUGUUUCUUUGUUGCAGUGUCUACCUUUUUCGGCCCAGUGUCGGUGGUUCUUCUUGACUUUCGGCCUGUCGUCUCUUUCUAACUUUCGCGUUGGACCUUUCAGGGUUGGAGUUUAGGGCUGUGGUUAAGGGUUAGGGUUAGGGGGUCAGGACUUGGGGUCAGCGAUUAGGGCAAAUAUUCCUCAACCACUCAAGUUAUAACCGCACAAUCCCAAUAUGUUUUGUUUUACAUAUGAUUACUUGACCUCAUCGCCUGUGCGUUCCUCAGCCCCACCUGUAGAAGCCCCUAUUACCACAGAUCCAGUAUUAGAGGUGACUGGGGUUUGUUUACUUCGGGUACGGCUACAUAACCACACCUGACCCUGUUUCCAAGUAGCGCAAUGUCCGCGUUAUUCGUGCACGAACAAAUACUUGGAAGGCUGCGUCGGGGAGAGCGGAUCGUCCUCUACCAAGGAAGUGUUUUGUGAUAGAAGAACGCUGAUCUUGCCCUCCUAAUUAAAAAGGCCAGAUACAUGGAGAGAGACCUGGCUUUUGCAAACAGCUGGGUCAUGCGUCUGUAACGGCAGAGUAUAGGACCCCACGUAGUUGGCAACUGCAACAUGUACACUAAAAUCUAGCGUGAUUGCAAGCAUCGAUUAUUAUUUCCCGUUCCCAGUGUUUGAAAGUUCUUUGGCUUUCUGACGUGAUACAAACUUUUCGUAUCGUGCGUGGCUUGGACUGCGCCCUUCGGCGCGGCGACUUUUCCAACUCGCCACUACAACUAACCUCCGGGGAAUCCCUUCAAGCUACGCGUGCGCCAGGAUAGACUGAAUGUGAGAAAAUAUGUCUUCUCCAACCGUGUCGUGGCAUCGUGGAAUAACCUGCCCGAGAUGAUUGUCAUGUCUCAAUCUGUGGAGACAUUUAAAUGUCGACUUGACAGACAUAUGCUGCAGCAACAAGCGGACUAUGUGACCUUUUGGCUAUGAGACCAGUGAUACAUGUGAAUCAAUGUCCGCAUUCACUUCAUGCUGUAAUUUAUUCCCAUUUUUGCGUAUUUAUAGAUUUUGUAUGUACACAAAGGGAGUUCAAAAGGCGUAAGCCUAUUUCCCUCAAAUACACUGACUGACUGACUAAAUGUAGACUUGCCAGAGGCAGUUUGCUCGAAUUCCGUUAUUUUUUGAAAAUUGUUUUUUGCUUAUUUUUUAAUUUUCGCGCUCAGUUUCGCUGCCGGAUGACAGCGUACGACAAGACAUUCGGCGGAAAGUUAAUUAUUCUCCGUGUUUACUCGCAUUCCGCCUGGCCUCCGUCGUGCGUUUUUCCCCAUCCGUAAAACCUCCUCUGUCACCACUGGCAACCUCAAGUUGGUUGGGGUCCUACGCCCUACCGUUGCCCAUGCGGUUACGGUUAAUCUGAAUCCUCCCUUGACUUACUCCUUUCACAUUCACACAAAUUCGACUUGGCAACAGUAGCAUGAAGGCCCCACUAAACUGUCGAUGGACUGUGGAUCGUGUCAUAUGGGAUUUUAUCUUAGCAUUCACUUGCAGGGCGCUGAAGACACUACACUGCCCGCGACAAUUACCUCCCUUAACUUCAAACCGUCACCCAAACUCCAUUAUUUUUAAAAAAAUUGCUUUUUGUUCACUUUUUGAUUAACGCGCUCACUUCCGUUGCCACACGAAAGCGUACGAUAAGACUUUUGGCAGGAAUCCAGACAAGUUCUGUGUUUUCUUGUAUUUCGUCGGCUUACUGCUUGGCGUGCCGCCCUGCGCGUGAAAUCACGAGACACGAUCCACAGUCUACGGACAGUAAAGUGUGGUCCUUAACCCAAUCGUUGUCCCCGACUUGUUAUGUACUUCUUAUUCAACAUCUGUGCAGCGACGGGUAAAAGUUAAUAAGUCGUAGCAAUAAUGCCCCUCGUAGGAGUAAAUUCUGCUGUCUACGCCUGUUUUAAAUUCCUACUUUUUCACAUCAUCUUGCUAUUACCGAUCGCAAAAUGUUCCCAACUGCUUGUACCAACGUGAGGGAUGAAUAUACGCAGGGGGAUGAGCAUAUGUCGUUAAUUUGCACAAGGACGACCAAAGGAAAUAGCAAUCUUCACUGUUUUCAGAUUUUGAGGACGAAACUGUUGGCCUAAUACGCGAACAUAGACUGGGUACUAAUCAGUAUGAGCUUCAGUGUCAGACAAGUACAGUAGUUAGAUUUAGAUGUUUCGAAUGAAAUGUCCACCGUUGAAAAAAGCUUCUUUUGCCUAACUGUCCUAUUGGUCGUUCUUUGUGGCUGCUUACAGUAGCUACUAUGGUCGGUUUCUUGCUCCCAAAACCAACCACUCGAGAUCCUCAAAGUCGCGGUUCCAAGUUGGCUUGCGUAAUCUUAGAAACACCUCUGGUACCGUCUGAACUAGGUAAGCAUGGUGGAUAUUUUGCAUGCCUUAGGUUUCCUUCUAGGGAAGUGCAACAGACGCUGGAAGUAGCUUCAUUCCUUGGGGGAUUAAGUCCCCACCAAUCUUUUAACCGGUGGCGAACUCGUGGUAGUUCAGCUCCUAUUUGCUAAUCGAAGAGAAGAGGCGAGGCCCAGGAAGCAGUCGCGAUGAAGGAGACACGAUCGCUAGGACAAGAGCUUUAUUAGCCUGACGUUUCGAAUUCUCGGCUCGAAUUCAUCAUCAGAGACAGUCAGAUAGGGCGCUAAAUUGUCCAGGUGUUGCAGUAUUUAUAGGAUGUAGUUGCUAGGCCGCUGCAUGCCUAUCGCAGUUGGCAGCUCCCGAGUGCAUUACGGCUCGACUGGCCAGGUGCUGAAGCAUGCAGUUUCCGUACAGUUGGUAUGCCCUUGUGUGACGGUCAGGAUUAUCGAUUCCCACGCUCAUCUCACGCAGUCGAGUUGCUAACGGCCGGAUUUCGUCAUCUGUGUAGACUCUUGGGCAAUUUGACUCGACGACACUGACACCAGUAACAGUGGUCAUCCGAAAACGCUGUCCUCGCGGCUAACUACUUUGCCUAGACAAAGUCUCAGCGCCAUAGAGCGGGGAGGUCAUUGCGCUUGUUGAUUGACUGAAGACCGGAUAACCAUGACUGGAGCAGUUCGCGGCUAACGCGGUUGUCGCUUCUAGCAAGAAUUUCUGCUUCGUCAAACUUAAAUGUGUGGUUGGGUCCCGUCGAGUGAGCCGCGACAUAGGAGUUGGCGUCUUUCGCCCUCACCGUUACUGCGUGCUCGGCUAUCCGCGUCCACAUUUGUCUCCCGGUUUCUCCAACACAGUUGCUUUGGCCACGGCUGCACCAGACACGGUAAACGACUCCAGAUGUUUCUUACCGUGGCAAUGGGUCUUCCGGCCUCAUGAUCUGGUGCCUUAUGGUUGCCUACGGUCUGUGUGCUACUCCGAUUCCAAAGGGUGUGAGAAGACGGCUGACGGUUUCUGAGACAUUCUUCACGUACGGGAUAGCUCGCCAAAAUUUGGGGCCGGUUGUAUUUUCUCUCUUGUCCCGUUUGCGCAGGCACUGGUCGACUAAGUUGCGCGGGUAGCCAUUGACUUUGAAUACCUGUCGAAGGUAUUGCAAUUCAGCAACCUUGUCUUCCGGUUCACUACAGUUUGUCUCCACACGCUGGUAUGGCGCCCUUGCACAAUUGCGUUUGU